UGGCAUUAUCUGAUGUUCCGGAAGAAGCUGAGGAGAGUUCUUAUAAAAAUAAGAUGACAAAUACUGAAGAGAAGACUAAAGCCCUUUAUUUUGGCUACCCAACUCGACGUCACAGCUGUUGUGUAGUAAACAUCCCAGGACCAUGUGUCAACAAAAUUAUCUCACACAUUGAAGAUGUGGAGUCUAAAAUUCAAAAGUAUUUGAGAAAGUUUGAAACAGCAUACGGAGAAUGGACUAGAGUGGCUCCUGCAAGAGGAGGGACAGAAGAUUGGAGCACAGCAAGUAUUGCUGCAAUAGAGGGACCAGUCCAAACAGAAGAGAAAGAUGCAAAGUGUCCAGAAAUAAAGCAGGAAAUGGGACCAUUGCUAUCAGAGGCCAUCCAUCUUAUUAAAAGCCUGGAAACUGACCGUGCAGAAGCUGAAGAAGCAUUAAGAGUACAAAAAUUGCGAAAGAAAAAUAUCACCACGCAAAUUGAUUCCUGGUCCAUCUGGAGACUUGAAGAGCUCCCGUCAGCUGUGCAGAAAGAACAUGAGAUGCAUUUAAGAGAUAUUAUAGAAUUACAAUGGCACAUCAAAAAUAAAGGUCAGCAACUACAAGUUUUAGAGGAACAGAAGAAAAAGCUAGAAGAAGCUAAUACAAAGAUUGAAGUAGACAUAGAAUACAUGAUUACGCAUGACCCUCUAUUGGACCUAAAGCGGAACCAGGAACUUGAAACUCUGAGAGAUCUUUAUUUUAAAAAACGUGAGGCAAUGGAACGGUAUAAACAUGUUCAUGGAGAACUUGAAGAUACUAAAGAACACUGUGAAAGUGCCAAAGUGAAGGGCGAACAGAUUAAAACAGAAAUGGAUAAAGAUAUUAGACAUAAUGAAAUAAACUUGGAAAUGUAUAAGAAGGAGAUGGACAAACUUAACAAACUCUGUCUUCAGUACUUCACGUCGAUAGAUGAAGCUAACAUAGAUAUUGAGGAGAAGGAAGGGGAAGUGACAGAAGCACUGAAGAAAGCACAGUCCUCAGAAAAUGAGCUAGCUCUUUUAACGAGAAAGUUGGAGGACUUAAGAAGACUUUAUGACCGACUUUCCUUGAAGAAAAAACAUUAUGAAAAAGAGUACAAAGAAGUACUCAAUACUUUUUAUGCCGCAAAAAAUACAUGGGACACUGAGCUUUCUAAUGUUUCAAAAGACUUUUCUGAUCUUUCAAAAUCAUUUACUCAAGUGUCAGAUGAAAAUAAGAAAAAGGAGAAGGAAACUGAAAUCUUAGCAGAUCUUAUCAAUGAAAGUAUAAAGAAAAAAGCACAACAUGAGUUGGCAAUCCAAAGUUUGUUCAAACUGAAGGCAGAAAAUAAUGAACUGAUCAAAGAGCUAUACAAAGAAGCUUACAACGUUGGUACUCUUUUCCACCUCACCAAAUUUAACACUGAUGAAUUAGAAGGGAAAAUAGCAGAAGUGAGAAGAAGAUUCAAGGGUAGAGAAGAUUUCUUGAAGAGGCUCAUUCGAAAUGAAGUGGCUACUGCAUUACAGAUUCAGAAAAAAAUGUAUCAUAUUCAAGACAUCCAGGCACAAGAGAAGCAGUCACUUCUAGAUAAGAAAAUAAUCUAUAUCCUUGCACUGGAAAAGGUGGAGGAGCCACUGCUAGAACUUGAAGAAGAGUUCACCAGGAUCAAGAACAUCCAUCGCCAUCAUGCUGAUGUGAUUAAUAAAAUACUUGAGAAGAAAAAUUUUAUUAGAAGAAAUGUGGAAAAAACAAAGAAAAAAUUGGAAAUGAAGGAGAAGCAAACCCGUAAUGCCCUAACAGAAACAGAGGUAAAACGCUCAACAAUUUUUAAAGAAAUAUAUGACACUAGGAGUAAAGCAUCUGUUUUUCAAGCCAAAAUAAAUAACUUGAAUGAGGAAUUAAAAGUAAAAGAAGAAGAAAAGAAGCGCUUUGAAAAGACAUUUGAUGUUUUAAAUGAAAACUUUUUAGCUAUAAGACAUAAAAAAGAACACAUUCAAGCUGUGUUUGAUCACUUAAAGGAUGAGAAAAAAGCCCUUGAAGAAAGAUUAUCUGAGGAAGGAGAGAGAUUUAAUAUGAUAACUUCUAUGAGGCAAAAAACUCUGGAAGAAAUUAAAAAAACUCAGCUGGACUCACUAGAAGAAAAUUUACGCUUAGCUCAAGAGUAUCAAAAGGUCCAGGAUGACUUCUUAAUAGAGAAGGAGAAAUAUUUCAAUCAAUAUGAAAGAAAGCUGUCCCUUGAGGCUUCGGUUAGAGACAAAGUGCAGUUCUGUCAGCUGCAAAGAAGGAUACAGAAGGUAUGGGAGACGCACUUCAAACUGGUGGUCCUGUACAACCAGACGAAGCUGGCCAAGUUCCAGCAAGACUCUCAAGGGAGCAUUCAGAAAAUAUUAGCUGUGCAGGAGGACUCUUCCCAUUUAAUACAACACAUCGGCACGUUCUUCCAGUCUUUGCCAGAUGGCCUGUGUGAAUUCGAUGGUUAAGCAAACAACCAAUGUAUCUUGGAUGCUGAAAUAAAAGACAAGAUAAGUCACACAGUUCAGAUAACAGUGUAAUUGGACAUUCACCUGUUUGCCAUUUCACACUUCCAUGGACGGAAAAACUCACUCACCUCCCAGCAUGCUUUGCCACUCUUUUACUUACAGCAAAUCCAUAACAAUGAAGCAGGUGACUUUCAUGCUACUGUCAGGAACGAUCUAAUUUCAGCUCUGGGUGACUGAUUGCA